AUGAGGCCGCCCGUUCCAGACCUCGCGUUACCGAAGUCCCGCAAGUCGUCCUCGCCCGACCAGCGGUGGAUCGAUCCCCGCAGCGCUGCCCCCGCGACGUUCUUUCUAGCCCGCGAAACUCCACCCGAUGAGCUGGAGUCGGGAGAUAGCAUGUAUGGCGUCCAGAGUCUUGAAGAGACCGUCCAGCAGGCCAGCCUGGAUGCUUCCAGGUGGGAGUCGGAGAACGCCCAAAGCAUUUCGGAUCCGUUGUCUCCCGUACCGUCUCAUCCUGCUCGUCGCAAAUCCACCGUCACCCCCUUCGACUCGUUCCAUCUCACCAGCCGAGAACCGUCCCUGCCCUCCUCGCACCCGACCUCUCCUCGCCCUUUAACCCCUUUGAACCUUGAUGUCCCCGAUGACACGGCCUCUCUUCCCAGCAGCCCCAAGUCAAUCUCCAACCAGUCCACGCGACAUCUGGAUGAAAUCUCCAUCACCGAUGACCUGAGUAGCCAGGCAAUUGCUUCCGGGGAGGAGGACGAUGAACUCCGCCCGCCGUCCGGGACGGGUCCCGACAGUACCUCCCAGCUAAUAAUGCCCAGUAUCAGGAUGCCUAGCCGGAGACCGUUUACCGACCACGGGAAGACUAUGGGACGUCUAAAGGUGCUCAUAGCGGGCCCUCCCGGUUCCGGAAAGACCUCCCUCAUCAAGGCCAUUGUCCAAAUAUGCGAGGAUAUUGUCCAUGUGGACUCCUUUCCCUCCCCCACCCCUCCCUCGAAGCCCUCUAGAUCCAACAUUUCCCAUGGCCUGCCACCGGCCGUUUCAGAAAUAUAUGCCAGUACAAAACCGUACCCCGUCUGGUGGUCGGACCUAGAAGACUCGCGUAUUCUGCGACGGCGAAAGAGUCUCGGUGACAUUGUGCUGGAGCGUAAUAUCUGCUUUGUCGACACAUCGGCCAACUCCUCCACCCGUGCCGGACAGACCGAUGCUAUUAUUCACUACAUGCAUAAACAGCUUGUUCGGGCGAUGGCGUCGCUUCAGCGUCCCAACCACGAUUUCCAAAACUUGCUCGCAGGCAAUGGCGGUGCCCAAGUGGAUGCCAUCCUGUUUCUCAUCUCCGAGGGUAGGCGCUCUUCAUGUGUAUUGGGUGGUUCGGAGGCUUACACGCUGGCAGAAACACUUUCCGUAGAUAUCGAAUGCAUGCGCAAGCUCAGCGAAUGGACGAAUGUCAUUCCCGUAAUACCCAAAUCAGAUCUUCUAGUUCCCGACCAGCUUCACGCCCUCAAAUCUGCUUUCCACAGUAAGGUUCAGGACGCCGCCGUUAAGCCCUUCCUUUUCGGAGAUGGAUUCUCAGGGGACACCGAUGAAGUGAAUGGUCGGCUACCCUUUGCUACCUCGUCCGCCAAGUCAAGCGAUGAUGACAUGAUGGAUGCCAGCACCUUGAUGAGCCCGGACUAUGUCCAGCCCUUGGUCGCGUCAGAAUUGGAUCUCUUGACCCGAAAAUUGUUCGAUCGCGAGAAUAUGGCCUGGAUCCGCCAUCUGGCUGCCAAAAAGCUUGCUCAACGGCAAAGCACGGUCCAAAAUGGCCCGGUACCUUCUAUUCCCGGCGCUGGCAGUCGUGCUAUCCCAAGUUAUACAAUGGCCCGACUUUCAGACUGUACCCGCCACGAGGAGAAACUGGCUCAGGUUCAACUCGCGCGGUGGGCGUCGGACCUCCAGCAAAGCCUCCAGAACGAACGGGAACGAUACGCUGCCAUGGCGCGCGGAGAACGUGCCGUCUGGCUGACAGAACGACUAGGCGAGUGCGUGGUGGACGGAUCCCUGGUGCCCAUCACGCAAACCCCGGGGUUUUGUGGUCUUCGGGCUCCGACAGAAAAGGCGGGCGCCCUCCUCGUUCGGGCACAAUCCGGGCAGAACGUCGAGUAUCAUCUCACACGAAUCAGCCCCCAGGAUCCACUUGGUCUUGUCAAGUGGUCGGAGAGCCUCAAACAGCGGGGGUGGGCCCUCGUCCAGAUCGUGGGCAGCUUCGGGGUCGUAGGAGGGCUGGCCCUCUGGCUUGCGAAGUCUUGGGGAUUGCCGUCUCGAAAUCUGUCGGACUGGCAACUUGACUGGUGCAGUCCCAUUGACUAG